UCUGCUGACUUCAAGGACAGCUCCCUGUUUCCUUCCCCCUCCCAAAUUUAGUGCAACUCCCUUGAAGUUUGUCGGAGAAAAAAACAAGAAGAAGUCAGCGGAAUGCAAUGGGUGCAAAGUACUUGCUGAGCGCAGUUCUUGUUUUACAGGAAGAAGCGGCGGAAAAAGGAUUGGAGAGUGCUGAAAACAAGAACACAAGGUUAGGAGAGCAGGCACAGUAAGAAAAUAUGUUUCCAUUUUGAAAGAAAUGAAGGGCUGCUUCUCCUUCAUUCCCUCCCCAGUCUAAAGAGGAUUUUGAUGGGCCGGCAGCAGAUGAAACUGCAGAAGCUUUGUACAGUUCACAUCCCACAUUGGAGAUGAGGAUGCUACUGCCAAUGACUUCAGGAAGAUUUAACAAACAGUUGACACUUCACAGCACAAAGUCUAGGGUCAGUGUUGGAAUGCUGAUCCCAAAACCUGGAAAACAAUACAUUGUGGUGACGCACCAUUCAAAUCUGAGCAGAAAUCCCUUUCAGAAAUAUCACUGAGCCCUGGUGCACUGCUUCAUAGUCCAAAAUGAGUGGUACAACUGUCAAUCCUGGCCACAACAUAAGGAGAUCUUCAAUGCAGACAGACAGUGGGGUUAUUUCAGAUUCAUCUGACAGCAAAGUUGAGCCAUGUUCGAAUAAUCCAAAGGAGCAUAAAAGAAGAAAGAAUACAGGUAGACCUGGAGUGGAGGAAACACACAGCGCCAGAUCUAGCCAAGGUGGAAAUUACUCUGAUCAACAGAUAACUGAAGGAAACUACACAGAGGGGCAAAGCCCUGUUGGAUCGGAUGUCACACAGGGUUUAUCCACUCCUAGGCUUUUAAUAAUCUGUGAUAAAGUUAAACUUUGUUCCGAUGUUACAGAAGUGUCGUGGCCAUACGUGACUGUGGUGAAUUAUGUAUAUGAGUCCUCCACACUGGACUCUAUCCUAGCACAGGUUGCUGAAGCUUUAAAUGGAAAGAAAGUCAAAUCCAUCGCCUUCAUUCCUCAUAAUCAACAAGAUGCAGUUCACAUCUGUGGUGCUGGAGAAACUCAGACACUUACACCAGCUUCGGUGCAUGAACAUAUGGCACUGCGCAGGUUUUUCAAUAACCUAGUGACCAAGCACUUGGAUGGAGAGAAAUCAAAUGCCAGCAUGGAUUUCCUGGGCUGUACAGCCUUAGUGACGUCAGACUUGGAGGUGGUCAAAAGGGAACUGAAAAUGCUGACAGGUGUUCCUGUUACUAUGGCAAGAAAUCUGCUUGGCACUCAGCUCCAGGCAGGUCCGAACCAGGAGGUGGAUGGGGUAAAGAUGCACGUCUUGGAUCUUUAUUGUGAAAGUGAUAAACUGAAGCGCCCACACUCACAAACAUUGGCAGAGUUUGAAAAGAUACACGUAGUAGGAAAAGGAGCCUAUGGGACAGCAGUCCUGUAUCGGAAGAAGGAUGAUGAUUCACUGGUCAUAUUAAAGGAAAUCAAUAUGCAUGAACUGAACCACAUCGAGAGGCAGAGAGCAAUGAAUGAGGUGAAGGUGCUUUCAAUGUUGGACCACCCCAACAUAAUCAAUUACUAUGACAGCUUUGAAGAGGAUGGUGUGCUGAUGAUUGAGAUGGAAUAUGCAGAUGGAGGCACACUAGCACAGUAUUUGGCACAGCAGGAUCAGGAGUUAGAAGAGCAGCAAAUUCUGAACCUCUUUCACCAGAUGGUGGCUGCGAUCUAUUACCUCCACAAACAUAACGUGCUGCACCGAGAUCUCAAGACAGCAAACCUCUUCCUCACCAAGAGAGGGGAAGUGAAGCUUGGUGAUUUUGGUGUUGCCAAGGUGAUGAUGACAGGAAGUGAAGCACAUACAAUCUUAGGUACCCCCUUUUACAUCUCCCCAGAGAUAUGUGAGGGGAAAUGUUACAAUGACAAAUCAGAUAUCUGGUCACUCGGUUGUAUUCUUUAUGAGAUGGCAUGCCGUCAGCGCACAUUUGAAGGAACUAAUUUGCCGGCAGUGGUGAAUAAAAUCAUGAAGGGGCAAUUUGCUCCAAUCACGGAUAACUACAGUGCUGAGUUUAAAGCCCUUGUGAUGGACAUGUUGCAGAAAGAGCCUCAGUAUCGGCCUUCUGCUCAUGAGCUGUUGCACCUUCACCUCCCACAAGUGUUGGCAAAGUACAAGGAGACUCCAGAGUAUGAGGAAGAGCCGGAGACGGGCAUUCAACACAACCUGAACCAAAAACGGAAUAGUCACACAACACUUUAUUACUUAUAUAUGCCUGAUCUGGAACUUCGCCCCAUUGAUGGACUGCCUACGAAGAUUAAAAUUAGACAGGUCGCUGUGGCUGAUGGUCAUAUGAUAGCUGUUGCGGUGGAGAGAGCCGUGUAUACAUGGGGAAGCAAUACGAAAGGCCAACUCGGUCACGGGGACCUGCAGUCACAUUCAAGACCUCAGCUGGUGGAAGCACUCAAAGGAAAGUUUAUUGUCAGGGCCUGUUGUGGCGAUGGAUUCAGUGUCUUUCUUAGUGAUAAUGGAAUUGUAAUGACGUCUGGCGAUGGAGCCCAAGGCUGUCUUGGGCACGGGGACCACUUUAGUACCUCCAGACCUUGUUUGAUUGAAGCUCUACUCAGUAUCAAUGUUCGGGUCAUUGCCUGUGGCCUGCAGCAUGUGUUGUGUGUUAGUAGUGAAGGUAAGGUGUUUGCUUGGGGCAAUGGAAAAUAUGGUAAACUGGGACUUGGGAAUGAUGAUGACCACUGCUCACCAAUGGAGGUAUCAUUCGAGAAGCAGACCUUCAUAAGAGAUGUAAAGUGUGGGGUAGAUGGAACCAUGUUCUUAACAGAUACUGAUAGUGUGCUGGCUUGUGGCAAUAAUCAGUACAAUAAACUGGGUUUGAACGAGAGACGGGGCCUCCUCAUGCAGAUGACAAUGCUGUUUGCCCGAACUGAUGUUGAAGGAAGGAAACUUCCCACAGUCGUGAAAGCAUUGAGGAACCACCGGGUGAGAGAUGCUGUCCUGGGCCCCUCUCACAGCAUUGUACUUGUGGAGCCGGGAAAUAUUUAUACCUUUGGGAGGAAUACAGAAGGUCAGCUGUGUACUGGCAACACUAAACCGUACAAAAUGCCAAUGCUUGUAAAACAACUCCAACAUAGAAAUAUCACUACAAUCAGCUGUGGAGAGACGUUCAGUGUUGUCGGGACUGAUGAUAAUAAGAUUCUCUUCUGGGGCACCAAGUACAAGUCAAUGCAAUCUCCAAACCCAUCCGUGUUGACCACGCCAUCUCAGACAGCCACAAAAAUAUCUGAAGAUGCUAUCUACCCAACAUCGCCAUCCCCUGUAGAAAUUGAGGAAUCCAUUGCUGGGACAGUGAGCCAUGACAACCGUAAGAAACGUCCUGAAAAUGUAAAGCAGCUUGCUGAAAUCAGUGCGGCAAUGGGAAGAAACCAUAUCAGAGAGGAUGAACUAGAUACACCAGGAUCACCAUUACUAACCUUCACAGCACAGAAAAAUGGUAAUUACUCCAAACAAGAUUCUUUGGGGGAAAACCUGACAUAUAGCAGUAUGACAUCAGUUAAAGAUCAAACAGAAACCAGCAGUGGGAGCUGCAAGUCAGAUGGUAAGGAUAUACAGGAAUCCAGCAGCAUGAAAGCCAACUCCUUUGGGAGUGAGAGUAACCUUCAAGAUCAAGAAAGCAGCCAACAACUAAUCCCAGUUCCUCUAAUCACCUUGAAAGAAGUUCUGGAGGACCACCCUGAUGUGCAUGCUUUUCUUCGAAGUAUUGUCUGUAAUAAGGAGAGCAUCUAUGUCCUAGUGGAGAGUACUGAUCCACCAUGCUACAAGCAUGUAAGGAGAUCCCGCAGCCUUCGUAAACGUGGAAACCGUGAGGAACCAGGACUAAAGCAUGGGCGCAUUCUUCAAUAUUCUCAUUCCAGCAAUGAAGCUGGCGAUGAGUACACAAGCUCAGAGAUGUCUGAGUUGGAGACCAGUCGGUUUGUCCCAACAUGGAUAAGGAAUGAACUCAAUGAGGCAACAUCCCUUGAAGCAGCCAGCAAUGAAAGGGGCAGUGAAAUAGACACUGUCAGAACCGUAGCCAGCAGAAAUAUAACAGGCACCCAGUCUUUAGAGAGUCCAGUGACAAUGGUGAGCAAAACCAGCUCAGAAGAGGCAAAAACACAAGUUAAGAAGGAGAUGUUUGGAGGUGUGAAAAAGACAAGUGGGAACCGCAGUGGAGAAAAACAUGGCCAUACAUCGACAUCAGGGAGCUCUGAUGGACAGCUGAUGUCCAGUAAACAGAAGAUCACCAGAAAUAUUGACAAACACAGGGAACCUGUACAAGAUUUUGUAGCAUCCACAAGUCAGUGCAGGCAUUAUCGGACGGAAAUGGACAUGGGUUUCCUCUCUCCUCAGAACUCCACCAAUCCAGUCACAACUUGUGGCAGGAGUGGCUCUGAAUCUCCGUGGAAAUCAGGAAUGCUGAAAACUCCAGGGACUGGAAACCAGAGAUCGCUGAAUAGACUACGUUUGGGCAGAGGGCACACAAAGUGUAGAGCUACCUGGAUGAAUGCAGAAAUGUCUGCUGUGAAAAGCUCCAAGUACUAUCACCGUCCUGCUCUGCCCACGUCACCUCUUUCAAAGAACAAGGAUGCCGAGUUGGCCAGAGAGGGGAAGGGGAUAAAACGGAUUGAAGGCAAAAUAGAGCCACAGGAGGGAAACCAUAAUAGUCUGCAUCUCCUGGAGGAACAGCAAAGACUUGCAUUGGAACGAGAAGCCAGACUUCAGACAGAGAUAGACAAGCUGUACAAGGAGCUGAAAGAGCAAAAGCAACUCCUUAAACAGAACUCUGAUGUAAUGCAGCAGUUACAGCAGCAGUUGCUGAAGGUGCAGUCUCAGCAAUUCCGGGACAGUGCCCAAGCAAACCCCGAGCAAGGGAACAAACCCACUACAAAACCAGAAAGUCGAAUCUGCAUGAUGAUGUGAAGAGAGGCUUGGAAUAGGAAUGUAUUCCAGCCAGACGGUGUUGGCCGGGGACAGUUCUCAAACAAGAGCCGAGCUGGUAACAGGACUUCACUGCACAGUGUGGAUUCAGGUUGUGUGCCAUGUGAGCGGCUGGGAUCUGAAACAAACACAACAAAAAAAAACGUUUCUGACCUUGUUGCCAUGGUGACCGUGCUUUCAAGGGACUCUCUCCGCAAAUGGAUAAGAUGAAAAGGACCUAUUUGACUUCUAGCCCCAUUCUCUCUCCCACCCUUCCCCUGUGCCCCCUCCUUAUCUCUUUGAAGUGGCCGUGAAGCCCACCCGGGAGAGACAGGGCGGCAGCUGCUCUUUCGGAUGGAGCAUUCCCUGUGUUAAAGCACCUGAAACGACUCAGUCAAGGGUUGAAGUUCAAAUGAAACUCAAGUAGCUCUUGGUCAAAAUGCCUUGAGGUAUUCAGGGCGUUUCCGUGAUUUCCUGAUUUGAGUUGCUGUUCCCUUGAGGUCGACAGAAAGGAUAGCAGUGGGGGUUAAUACAGUGAACAGGAUAAACCUUUCUCACUUAGCUCCACUUGUUUAAUAGAGUUAAUGUUGGUCGUGUUAUUAAUAUCAGAGCACCAUGCAGCAGGGCAAAAUUGCUUUUGUGAAACUCACAAAUUAAUAAAGUUUAAUGUACAAGUCUCAACCAAAUCUAAGAUAGGAAAUAGGACCUUCACAAUAGGCUGCUUACAAUUGAUGGAGAUUGAUAAUUAUGGAAUGUGUAAUCAUAUCCAGUAACAGAUGGAGACAAAUAACUAUGGCAUGUAUAUAAUGUUAUGGUAUGUAUAUAAUGUUAUGGUAUGUGUAUAAUGUUGUGCUAAAACUGACAGUGUAAUAAUUGAGAUGUAUAUAAAAGUGUAAAGCUGUAAACUGACAGUAUAUUAAAGAAUAUAAAAUCAGGACAGGGUAAAUAG